AUUCUUCGUUCUAUGUUGUAUCGUGGUUCAGAGAUCUUAAAAGAAGUAGGAUGGGUAAUAUUUGAUGAAAUCCAUUACAUGCGUGACAAAGAACGUGGUUAUGUUUGGGAAGAGACUCUAAUAUUAUUGCCAGACAAUGUGAGAUURGUUUUUUUGUCUGCUACUAUACCUAAUGCUAGACAGUUUGCAGAAUGGGUAGCUCAUUUGCACAAUCAACCAUGCCAUGUAGUAUAUACGGAAUAUAGACCUACACCAUUACAACAUUACUUAUAUCCUGCUGGUGGCGAUGGCUUACAUCUUAUAGUAGAUGAAAAUAACAAAUUUCGAGAAGACAAUUUUGCUGCAGCUAUGAAUGUUUUAUCUACUGCUGUUCAACCAGUUAAAAAUUGGGGACAACCAAAUCGACCUACAGCUAACAAUCCAGAUAAUGAAUCAAAUUGCUUCAAGUUAGUUAAAAUGAUCAUGGAACGAAAUUUUGCMCCAGUUAUUGUAUUUUCAUUCAGUAAAAAGGAUUGUGAAAACUAUGCUAUGCAAAUGUCUAAGUUAGAUUUCACUUCAGAUACUGAAAAAGGAUUAAUUGAUAAAUUAUUUGAAAAUGCUACAAAAGUAUUGUCAGAGGAAGACCGUAAACUACCAGCUGUUAUAAAUAUAAUACCAUUAAUUCGUAGAGGCAUCGGUAUUCAUCAUGGAGGUCUUUUACCAAUCUUAAAAGAAACUAUAGAAAUUUUGUUUGGUGAAGGAUUAUUAAAAGUUUUAUAUGCUACUGAAACAUUUGCUAUGGGCCUAAAUAUGCCUGCAAGAACAGUUUUAUUUACUGCUCCUCGAAAAUUUGAUGGCAAAGAAAGACGAUUUAUAACAUCUGGAGAAUAUAUACAAAUGUCUGGUCGAGCUGGUAGAAGAGGUUUAGAUGACAAAGGUAUUGUUAUGUUGAUAAUUGAUGAGAAAGUUAGUCCUGAUACUGUCAGGAACAUUGUACAAGGAAAGCCUGAUUCGCUUAAUUCAGCAUUUCAUUUAACAUACAACAUGGUUUUGAAUUUAAUGCGUGUAGAAGAAAUUGAUCCAGAAUAUAUGUUAGAAAGAAGUUUUUUCCAAUUUCAAAAUCAAUCUGCAAUUCCAGAAUUAGUCGAAAAAGUAAAAAAAUUAACUCUUGAAAAAAACAAAAUAAUAAUAAACAACGAAUUUGACGUAAGAUCAUAUUUUUUAAUUCGUCAACAAUUAGAAGAUUUAGGAAAACAAUAUCAUUCUUUUAUAACAGACCCAAAGAAUUUAGUACCUUUUUGUAAUCCAGGAAGACUUGUUAAAGAUACAUCAUAWAUUAAAAACCGUAAAGAACUUAACAAGUUUGAUGUUCAUAUCAUGACUACUUGGGCUUAA